CUAAAUCGAAGGUAUGGAGUUCGGCUCCGGGUUAUUCACUGGUUUGGGUAAGAUUUUGCGCGAGUCUGGAUAGAGUUAUCUUUGAAAGAAAACAUGGAAGAAACAAGCAUAGCUUCCAUUGAAUUUAUUGUUGAAUGGUGGUAAUGAAAGAGUUUUUUUGAAGAUUCUGUGAUGAAUUAUGAGUUGGUUUCUUGCUGGAUUCAAUUGAAGAUUUCAGCAAGGAAUAUUCAGUGAAAGAAAGUCUGUUGUUGUUGUUGGUAAUGGCAGUAAACGGUGAAGAUUGACAAUGGAUGUUUUCGAGUUCUAAGUAGUGAAGAUUGAUGAUGAUAUAGAGUUUGAAUGAAUUAGAAAUGGUGGGUCUAUAUCUGAUUUGAAUUUGCAGGGAAUUGGAGGUCUACAGAAGGUAUUUCCUUACCGGAGAAAAACACCAUCUGAGUGUGCACAACAACCGUUUGACAAAAAUCCUGAACCACAGGCCAGGUCUUGUAGCAGUAAGCCACAUCCCUUCUCUUUGACGCUGCUCUAUCCAUGAACACAGAGUAGGAAUUCUUGGGUUUUUGUGUUGAAUGGUUGUUGUGAUGAUUGGUUGAUGCUACUGUAGAAGAUAGUGUUGUUGAGUAGUAUUUGAAGCUAGAAUUAAAGUUGCAGAUGGAAUAGGUUGUAUGUCAUAAUUGUAGGGAUGUGGGAAUGAAUGGGUAUGGAUGUAUGAACAUAAAUGCAGGGUUUGAGGUUAUGAGCUCAGUCUUGAACCUGCAAUGGGCUGAGACAAUGAUGAGUCUGUGUGAGAAAUGGCUAGUGAAAAUGAAGCUCAAAUGUGCAUUUACAAUGCUUUGUUGCGAUAUUGAUGAAGCGGAUUCUCAUGAGCUCUCUGGCUUGCCGGAAGUGUUAUCCGUUAGGCCUGACCGGGAUUUUGAAUCUGCGAAGAAGGAUUACAGUUUAGACAUUGUUCAAUUGGGUGGUGUGUCGAAUUUAAGUGCUGGAACAUCUCGGUUGUUUUCGGAGGGGAAUUCUAAGUAUUGGUUAGUUAGAAUGGAAAAACCUACUGUUGAAGUGUUACAAAAGCGCAAAUGGUGGAUUACUAUGCUCAAAUACUAUCAAAGGUUUUGGGAAAGUCAGUGCCAGCUGCUAUUGUGAACAAUGGAGUAUGUGGAGUUAUGUUUGAUGUGUUAGAAGGAGAUUUUGAAGUUGUUGCUGCACUGAGUUGUUUGAGGAGUAAAGUCAGGAAGCUACAGGAAAUUGGUAGUGCAGGCAGUGAAUGGCUUGAGAAGAAUAAGUCUGUAAUUGCAAAUGAAAAUUUAACUGAACUGCAAAUGGCUAGAGUAAUGUGCUACAAUGUACGUAUUUUAGGUGCUGCAAUAGUAAUGUGCAGGCAGUAGUGGCUUGAGUAUUGGUGAUGAGACAUAAUUAAAUCAGCGAUUCAAAGCGCUAAUAAGUCUUUUUACUUCUGCUUAA